AUGAAAAAAAAAAGGACAAGCAAUGGUGCGACGUCUGGGGGUGUAAUGUCAUGCAUGUGCAUAUGGACUUGCCCGCGACAUGGGGCUAGAAACGGGUUCGAUCUUUCGAUCAGUGGGACGAGACGAUCUGGGGUAGCCCAGACUGAGUCCAGAAUCAGGCCAGAGUUAUCAGACUGGAAUAUUGUCAAAUACCAAUCCUCCACUUUCCCAUUCCUCACUGUCAUACAUAAGCUUUCUGUCGGCAAGCAAGGGGAAAAAAAAAUCCCUCUAACCGCCAUUGGAUGGAAAAGUGUUGAAAACCAAUACAGAGAGGGUAUGCUUAAUCUGCAACUCUCAAGUGACUGGCGUCAUGCUUCUGUUUUCCAUUUAGGUUGCUCUGUCGCCUUCCGCGGUAGCUCGACUAUCCAUCCAUUCGGAUCUGACCGGGGAGAUAACCUCCGUAAUGUGGUUCCAAACGGUCAGAGAGGUGUUCUGGAGCCGUGUGUCCACGAAAGUUCCUCCUCCAUUACCCCGUGGGAUCCCCAACCUAUCCUGAAGAUUGUGGUUUACAGUGAGGACGUUGCCGAUGAGGGUGUUGGAGGUCGGCAUGCAAGGCCGCCAUCAGGGACAUGGUUAAUUAGAAAUAAAACUUUGUGGGACCCAGUGGGCUGA